AUGGGUCGCGCGGCCGUGCCGUCGGGCGCAAGCACCGGUUCGCACGAGGCGGUCGAGCGUCGCGACGGCGACGCCGGUCGCUAUCGCGGUCGUGGUGUGCUGGACGCGGUGGCGUCAGUCAACGGAGAGAUCAAUGAAGCGCUGCAUGGUCACGACGCCCUCGAUCAGUUGGCCAUCGAUGAAGCGCUGAUCGCGCUGGAUGGCACGGAGCAGAAAUCGCGACUCGGCGCGAACGCGCUGCUCGCGGUCUCGAUGGCCUCUGCGAACGCAGCCGCCGAGGCGUCUCAGAUGCCUCUUUAUCAAUCGAUCGGUGGCGCCGACGCGGUCGUGCUCCCGGUGCCGCUGGCCAACAUCCUCAACGGCGGCGCUCACGCGGAUGAUGGCGCCGACUUCCAAGAGUUCAUGGUCGCGCCGAUUGGCGCCGACAGCUUCGCUCACGCUCUACGGAUGGUGGUUGAGGUCUAUCACUCGUUGGCGGCAUGA